AAGAAAUCACUUUUAGAAUCUAAAAUUUAGAUUGUGUCUCGCUGCUGCUGUUGUUUUUAUAAGACAAUAUUUCUAGUUUUUGAUUUGCUUUAAGUAUUUAGUUACUCUGGGAGAUGGCAAACGAAACGAUGAAUCAGUUUACCGACGAGCUUUUAAAAGAAAAAAUAUUCCACUGUAAGAUUUGCGAUGAACUUUGCCUGUCUGAUAAUUUCCUCGUAAAAGGGACAGGCAAUGUGUGUGCAGAAUGUUUUAAAGAAAAGUGUGGGGAGGAAAUGAAGUCAAAGGCUGAAUCAAACACGGGCCUCAUCUUCAUUUUAGCCAAAUUGAUGUUGCCUUGCAAGUUUCAGUUCAAAGGCUGCAACAAAAGGGUGGCAUCUAAAAAUUAUUCCAAGCACAUUUGUAGUUGUAGGUGUAUUAUCUUUGGUUGUGAUUACAAAAUUAAACAAUGUCCAAUGAAAAAUUUUGAAGGUUGUGAUUGGAGUGGAACCAAUUUUGAAGUAAGUGGACAUUUAUUAAAAACACAUGAAAAGCAAGUUAUUAAAAGUGAAAAUAAUAUUUUUAAAGUUGAAACCGUCUUGUCUGAACCCUUUAACAUGAAGAUAUUAUCUAAUGAUUACCAGAACUGCCUUUUAAAGACUUCGGUCGUCGAUAAUAAAUUUUAUUACGCUUUAAAUCCAGUCGAAAAAUCCGAAGAAAAUGUGGAAUAUUCAGUGGUGCACAGAAACAUUCAAAAACCAAAACAUUCGGUGAUAAAAACCAUUGGUACUCUUACCAAACUGAAUGGUAUUUAUAACGAACAAAACCUGAAUGAAAACCCCAACGCAACUGUGGUAGACAUUGAUUCUUUGAAAAAUCUUGCAGACGACAACAAUAUGAUUUCAAACGAAUUUAAUUUAAAUCCUAUGGGAAUAGAUGAAAAUAUGCUGAAAUUGUUGGAAUGCCCUGUAUGUAUGAGCACAAUGAGGCCCCCAAUAUAUCAGUGCAACCGUGGACAUAGCAUUUGCAUCAUAUGUCAUGGAGAAGUAAAUGCAUGUCCUACAUGUAAGGGAGAAUGGAGCAAUGUAAGAAACUUCUUAGUGGAAAAUUUGACAGCCAACAUAAAGUAUACCUGCAAGUUUAAAAAAUUGGGGUGCAAAGAAAUUGCAGUUGAAGGCGAAAUCAAGAAACACGAAGAAACUUGUUUGUUGAAUAGUAAUAAAUCUGGAUCUGACAAAAUUGCCAUUAAAGAAGAGACUACAAAAUUUAUGGGGGAGCAAUUUGUAAAAUGUAAAUUUGAUCUUCAUGGAUGCAAAGAAAUUGGGAUUAAAAGUGAAAUGAUAAAACAUGAAGAAUUGUGUGGGUUUUGCAAAUACAAAUGCCCGUUAUGCCCACUAUUUCUACAAGCAAAUGUUAUAUCAAAACAUGUCAAAGACAGUCAUAAUGGUCAAAUAUUAGGGAAUAGGUUUAGUUAUAUUUUAAAUUACUCUGGUAUAAUUAAAUUAAAGGUAUUUGAUUCAAAAUUAUUCAGAAUAUCGAAUUACUUUGAUGAUUCAUAUAUAUAUUGGGUUGUCGAAUUGAUUUGCUCCAAAGAAGACCCCAGUUUGUAUACUUAUGAAAUAUUUUUUUCAAAAAAUGCAAAUGAAACGCCAUUGGUAUUUAAAUCAACUUGUUUAAAAGAACAAACAAACAAACAAAGAUUAAAGUUUCAUGGCAUUGCAUAUUGUGAUUACACCCACUUUAAAGUGUCAUUAAAAAAAGCCAAUUAAUUUAAUGAUAUUUUAAUAUAAUAUUGUUAAUACCUAGGUAAUAGUUUUAACGUUUAAAGCCGGGUCUACAAUUGUCGCAUGGGUCCGAUCGCAGAACAUAAGCUUGCGCAAAGGACUUCGCAACAUGGCGAUGGAGCAAGGUUCUUUUGUCAGCUGGGUGCUUUGCGCAAGCUUAUAUUCUGCGAUCUGCGACCUGCGACAAUUGUAGACCCGGCUUAACAUGUUUUGUAUACUUUUUAUACUUGAAUAAAAUAAAU